GAGCAGUAUAAAAGCAGGAACUUCUCCUCACUCUCUCAUCCACUGCCCUUGCCUUCAUCUCCUUGAAAACAAGACAUGUCCUGCUACAGCCCGUGUGUGCCCUGCCAGCCCUGCGGCCCAACCCCGCUGGCCAACAGCUGCAAUGAGCCCUGUGUCAGGCAGUGCCAGGACUCCAAUGUCGUCAUCCAGCCCUCCCCCGUGGUGGUGACCCUGCCCGGCCCCAUCCUCAGCUCCUUCCCACAGAACACCGCCGUGGGCUCUUCCACCUCCGCUGCCGUUGGCAGCAUCCUCAGCUCCGAGGGAGUGCCCAUCAACUCCGGGGGCUUUGGCAUCUCCGGCUUGGGCCUCUCCGGCUUGAGUGGCCGCUACUGUGGCAGGAGGUCCUUCCCCUGCUAA